CAUGAAACCUGCCUUCUUGAUAGUGUCGGGCUUUAUCGUGCUCAUUCUAGUGCUUGUGAUUCCCGAAACAUAUGGUAAUGUGCAUGAUUUUGAUGGAAAUGAGCUGCACACACCACCAUACGAUCGACGCCGUCCGAUGAGCAAGGAGCAAGUCCCGGCAGGACGCGGAUUUACGGACAGUGCGCGAGAUAUUCUGGCGAGUCCUGCCGGUCAGUUGGCUGCGUACGUUGCGAAGGAGAUGAUCAGUCGAUCGGCAGGAAACAGUCAGGUGCUCAGCUUGAACUUGACGAAUCUCUUGAUACUGUUUCUGCUAAAGGCGCUCAUCUUUGCCGCCGGAUUGAUCGGUGCCGGGAACUGGAGUCAGUACGCUCGAGGCCGCAGUGAAGAAGGUGCUGCGAGUGGAGGAUUUUUACUGCCGGGCGAAGCUAACCUCAUCAUCGGCUAUCUGGCGGCGGAAGGUUCCGGCCAGGACGGGUGUCUGAUGCGGUCCGCCUGCCGUGCACCGCGAACAGCCGAUGAGUAUGCACGGGCGGCACACGCCCUUAUGAAGGGUGCGGAGAUGUUUAGCCCGGAAAUAGCGGACAAUUACAACUACAAGCGCCUGCUGACGAGCCUGGACCGGGCCGCAAUGGAAGGGUUGCAGGGAGCACCGUGCGAAAUGAUUUAUGCCUGUCAUAUCUGA